CUCCAAACUUUAACAAACACUUCCCCUUCUUUUUCCUUCAUCGAGAAAAAGGUACAGUUUUGAUUUUGAGCUUUACUCCAAAAAUCCCCCUUCACUGCAAAAAUUCCGCUUUUCUCAUUCUUUCCCUUUUGAUUCAACCUCAUUCUUAAAGACUGCAGUCCUCCAAUCCUCGAGGCAAUUGUAGAACAAUGGCAAAAAUUGGGAGCAUUAGUUCCAUAAAUAGAACAAAAAAAAAAAAAAAAUCAACUAGGGCUUCAGACAUUUUCUCAAUACUGAGAGAUUCAAUCAAAAUUUUAAAGAGAGAUGCCUUGCCUCAAUCUCUUCACAAAUGUUAGUCUUGAUGGAGUCGGCACCUCGUCAAUUCUCUCUGAGGCCACGCAAACAGUUGCAAAGAUCAUUGGGAAGCCCGAAGCUUACGUGAUGAUAUUGCUUAAUGGAUCAGUGCCAAUAUCUUUUGCGGGUAAAGAACACCCAGCAGCAUAUGGUGAACUUACUUCCAUUGGUGGAUUGAAUCCUGAUAUCAACAAGAAAUUGAGUGCUGAAAUUGCUUCUAUUAUGGAAACUAAGUUGUCAGUUCCAAAAUCUCGCUUCUAUCUCAAGUUCAAUGAUACAGAGGGUUCAAAUGUUGGAUGGAAUGGUUCUACUUUCUAGGAUUUUCACUUUAGCAACUUUUUCUGGGGUCUGAAUAAUAUCCAAAAGCAUUAUACAGUUCUUUAGUGCCAGUCUGUUUGCUGUGUUGGGAUACAGAAAAGAUACAUCAUGAUGUUUUCUUAGUAGAACUUGAUUCAAACAUCCUAUGUAUCCUCAGUUGUUAGAGGCUUAACAUAAGAAGGAUCUCAUGCAUAUCUUGUAUUCAACUUCAUUUUCAGAAUAAAUGAAUAUGAUUUCAGAUUCAUCUCAUAUCAUGUCCAAAUACUUAUCCAAA